CGACCUCAUAUAGCCGGCGCGGGAGGCGUUUCCUUUAUUUGUUGGUUGUUCGUCGCGUGAUUGUGUCGUGCUUCGGAACAUCAUGAAGACAUUACUGAUAUGUAUGCUGUGUGCAGUCACAGUCUAUGCUCAAUUUGAUUCGCCUACUCCACCAAGACUCCAAAUUCCUGGAGCGAUCCCAUUAGGCGGACCGCGGCAGGGCGGCUUCAGACAAGGAAGACUGCAAGCUACUGGACCGCUCCCCGGCGUAGUAAACAGAAUUAGGAGACCUGGUCUGGCCAGGCCAUCGUUCAAGUCUGUAGAUGCCGCUCCCCGGCCGAGUCUACAGUCUCUGGAGGAAACUGCAAAACCAGUCACCGAAGAACCAGAAGAUGACGUGGACAUCAACACACCAACAGCUUUUGUUUCUAAUGCUUUCUCUACAGCUGAGCCACAAAACGACUACUUUGAUAUCACUACUACAUCACAGCCAAAACCACCAAUUGUCUACAAUCCCACACCUUUCACUCAAACAACCCCGACGGCGCCUAGACAAGAACCAGUCAGACCCACGCAGUACAGGCCAUUAGUGUCACCUCAGUCGUUCGCCCCACAAAGAAACGAGGCACCCCGACCGCAACCGGCGCGCCUGCAGCCUCUAUCGAGCCGCCCGCAGCGCCCGGCCUUCCGACCUGAGCCCAAACCUUUCGUCGAUGAAGAGGAAGUGCAGAUUCAACCAGUACGCCAAUACAACCGUCAAGAACAAGUCAAUCGUGCUCCUGUUAAAAGCGUUCCUCAACAGAAAUACAGUCCAUCAAAUUCUAGGGAGAAGAAGCCAGUAGCCCAAAUCAUCAGAAAGUUCAGAGAGGAAAAUGACGACGGAAGUAUCACCUGGGGCUUUGAAAAUGAUGACGGAUCAUUCAAAGAGGAAACCAUCGGUUACAAUUGUGUUACUCGAGGCAAAUAUGGCUACGUUGACCCUGACGGCGUAAAACGCGAAUACAACUACGAGACAGGUGUACCUUGCGAUAAAGCAAACGAGGAAAAGGAACAAAAGGGUUUCAUAGAUUACCAAGAGAACAAAGCCGUAUUGCCCAAUGGCAUCACAAUCGAUCUCGCAGCUAUGGGGAAGAAAUCUAAGAGGCCAUUCAGAUCACCGAGUAUUCACUAGAUCUUAAGUAUAUUACAAUAUUUAUUUUAGGAAAAUUUAUUUUUAAGUCAACUUUUUCGUUCUAUUUCGUAACAACUGUAAGUUGUUUUAGCUGGUCUAUGACGUCAGCUUCAACUAACAAAUAAGACGAAAAUAUAACCAUUAAAAAUGA